CAGGAAAUAGAAUCGUUGUAUAAGAAGAACAAUGUUUAUCUCGCUGAAGCGGCCCAGAUUUUGCAACGGUUGGUCCAGUACGAGAUCCCGGCCCAAAAGAAACAAAUCACGAAAGCGGAACAAGUUCUUGCGGAUAGUAUCAGAAAGGAGAAGGAGUAUGGUAAGCAGGCGGAAGAUGGUCGAAAACUGUAUGGAAAGGAACUACAGCGCAUAGGAAUUCAGGGACAUGCCCUUCGUGCUGAGCUUCUGGCCCUUGCUUGUGACCUUCCCUCAUUUUUCUCGAAGAUAACAGACGAUAUCAUUCAUCUCAAGGAGCCUUACGAGUAUUAUAUUCAUUUUCGAAACUACAUUCAUCAGGGUAAGCGUCCGCCUGGAAAGCUUCUGCCUUUGCUGGCUCUGUUGAUGGAAAAAGGCCCUUCACUGACAGCGUUCGAGUUCAAAUAUGGUAUCAGUCCAACAAGAAUUGAACUGCCCUCCUAUGACCUCUUACUGAAAGAAGAUGAGAAGAAAGACGAUGAUGAGAUUGACUUUGGUGAUGAAAAUAUUGAUUUCGGCAUUGAUGAUGGUGUAGACUUUGCUGGAGAAGAAGCACACAUUGAUGUUGUGGCUGACACCAAAGGUGCCGUUGGAGAGUCAGUAGCAGUUGGAGAAGAUGCGCUUGGCGUAGUGGAGAACAUGGAAACACAAAAAGUUCUGAAAAAUGAACUGAAUGAAUUGCUAGCAUUCCUAUCGAUGCGUAAUGAAGACGAGAAGCGAGACACUUCGUCGGACGUGUUCAUAAGGGGUUUUGAGAAGAGGCCCGUUGAGAUAAGUAAGGUGUCGCCGCCGCAGAUAGGAGAGUGGAUUUCUCAGAUUAAGUCCAUAGUUGACCAGUUGUCUGAUCAGCAGAAGAUCCAUUUGUUCCGUAUCAGGACCUCACCACAGUAUGUCGAACAAUUGGUCGAAGAAAUCGAGGUCAAGAAAGGAUUGGAGGCACGAUAUAAGAAGAUGCAAUCCCUAAUGGUUGAGAAGCAAAACGAAGCCCGUGAACAGGCCGCAAAGGCUGGACAGACGUUGCAAACUCUCGUGACAUCUACAAAACUUCUUCAGAAACAAUUGGAGGAAGACAUUUCGAAAAAGUACGAUGGAAGGAGAGUGAAUAUUAUGGGUGGAAUAACAGCCGCUGUUGCCAACCGUUAA